GAAAUGUCUGGAAGAAGUGAAGAAGAACUUUCACGCUUUCUGCGGAGAACCCCCGCCAAUGAUGUGCCGCGGGGGCUGCGGCAUGCGAGGGCGGAACCCGAAAGAAGCGAUUCCACGGCACCCCCUGCACAGCGCCGAAGGGUGGAAGAGGCACCUGCACGACAACGCUGGACCCUCACCAGCACGGUGAAAGACGUGCUGCUGGAGGGAGAAGGGCCAAUUCCUGACAUUAAAUUGAACGAUUUCCUCCGUGAUAAAUUAAGCGGCAGGGGAGUCGUGGAGGCCAACGAGAAUCUCUCAAUUGAGAAUUUUAUUGCGCUACCCGAGGCGUUCAUCACGAAUGAGAAUGAUCGGCGCCUAAUACUGUCAUUGCCGUUUUUCAAAGCAAUUGAAGAUGCACGCAAUCUACGUGCAGAUGCACGCAAUCUAAUGGAGCAUAGAGUGGGUACGCUCCAACGCUGGAAGGAAUUUGAACACAAGGAGAUCGUCUCCAAUGUUUCAUGGGCAAAACUCGACGCGGCCCUCGCCGCGGUGGAGGAGGCAAACGAAAGUGCAACUCGGAUUCAGGCAGUUGGCAGGCUGCCGAUACCGAAGGAAUUCUACGACUCUGUGUUCAACGCAAAAUGGAGUCACGUCUUGGGAUUUCCCGAGGGCGAGGGGGAUGCGAUGGUGAUGCGAAUGGAGGUGCGUGAGGGCCAACGGCCAGCGCUGUCGUGGCAGUACGCGGUGGAGGGUGUAACGCUUUUACCGGUGGAAGAUGCAGACCAGUUUCGUGCACCACGUCUCAGGCUGACGAUUCUCUCAUCCGAGAAGGGCUGGCCGUACUCGCUACAGCAGGGAAAAACUAUUGCCGACUGCUACGUCACCCGUGAGGUGGAGCGGGUGUGGCGAAUUGUCAAAGGCGAUUUAGACGGAGCGUUCGGCCCUAGAGGUCUACAGUAUUUUGAAGUGAGGCGGCGCCUUUUGAUUGGAACGCCCGGGAUCGGCAAAUCGAUGGCUGCCGGCUCUUACCUCCUCCACCAGCUGCUGCACUACGAUGAUACUAAACUCCAGGUAGUUGUCUACUGCUUUGGCGCAGGGCUGGCGUACGUGUUUGACAAGACGAACAAAACGGUGGCAGAAUACGUAGAUGGAAAGGAAAUUAUCAUUCUAAUUAAAGUUUUGGCUGGGCGUGGGAUAAGAGGGUAUAUUAUCUACGACGUGGAUAAAAAGGGUCAAGGGCCGGAUGGUUUUCCGUCGCCGGCAACAUGGGGCUUCAUUCUGUUGUCGUCCCCAAACGAAGAUAACUUCAAAUCGUGGGGAAAGCAAAAGGAUGCCAACCUCAUCGUUAUGAAUUGCCCUGACGAGAAUGACGUGAAGGCAAUGUGUGCCUGGGAGACGCGUGCUAAUUCUGCGCAGGUCCAAAAGAAGCACUGGGAGACGAUCAAAAAACGCAUGUAUUACGUGGGACCGAUUCAAAGAUGCAUUUUUGAUGAAGAUACAUAUGGCACACGCUUGGUCGUGACUACGCAGGUCUUGGGAGGGGCCAACGCUUCGAAUGCUCAUAAUUACAUUUCUAUUGUAGAUAUGACAAUGUGGCCUGCGAAUGACGCGUCUCACAAGCUGGUGAAAGCUGUCCGGGUCACAGUAAAAGGCGCUGCUGAGACGUUUGUGAACCUGCCGGUUUGUUUACACCUCGGACACAGACUACUCAUAAAGUUGACAGAGGUGGGCAAACAGAGGGACGUUUUGUAUCAACUAUGGAGGUUAAGGGAUCUCUUUUUGCCCGAACUUCUGGAAAAGUAUGGCGUGCACGCAUUCACGGACAGGGGCUUUGUGGAUAACAUAAAAAGGAAAAUUAAGGAGCUGAGGCCAUCAAGGGUGCGCCCGGGACGUCCAUGUGUGCUGCAAUCAAACCCUGAAACGCAUCCAGGCAAGUCAGUUCCAUUGACGCUACUGGAAUUCAAACCCCCGAAGCUCGUUCUGGAGUGUGGGGUGUUGUACGUGCCGGACUCGCAAAUCUUUCCGCUGAUAGACGGCUUUUUCUUCGUCAAGUCACCGCGGAAGACGAUGGUUGGGCUGCAGGCGACUGUGAGGGGUGAGCAUCACACCCAACCCGGCACCGUGAAGCUGUUCAUGGAGCUUAUGGCAAAGUAUUUCAACGGCUGGGAAACGUUUGCCGCAGACUUGUCGUGGGAGAUUAUUUACGUGCAGCAUCGAGAGAGUGAGGCAAUAACGACGUGGCAGAGAUGCGAGAAUUCCACGAAUGUGCGCGAAGAGAAAGAUGCGGCACAGAGAAGAGAAGCAGAGGAAGAACAAGAGGACGAGAAAACGAAGGCGAAAAAGAAGAAGGAGAAGGAGGAGAAGGAGAUUGCAGUCUGCUGGAAAGAAAAUGCAUAUCAGUACCAGGUGGCGAUAUCCGCAGAAGAUGUCAGGCCUGAAAACAAUGCCCAAAGACGGCAAGGAAAUUAUUACUUUAAUGAAUUUGGGAGUCGAUUUUCUUGUUUAAGCACGUUUUAG